UAAAACCUCACCAUUUGUUACACUACUUCCUGCUUACGAAUUUUAUCCUCAUCCCUCCCCUUCCAUCACACACAAGUAGCCAUGCCAGGUCCCGUCAUCGAAGAACUCGAAGCCGAGAAGAAGAUUCAGGAGGAUGAGCCCAUCGUGGAGGACGUCAAAGAGGAAGACGACCACGAUGAUGACGCCGACGAUUCUGACGACGACGAAGAUGAUGACAAGGAGGAUGGUGCCCAAGGUGGCAAUUCUAAGCAAAGCAGAAGUGAGAAGAAGAGUCGAAAAGCCAUGUUGAAGCUUGGCAUGAAACCUGUUACAGGGGUUAGCAGGGUCACUAUUAAGAGGACCAAAAAUGUUUUAUUCUUCAUCUCAAAGCCAGAUGUCUUCAAAAGCCCAAAUUCUGAGACUUAUGUCAUAUUUGGAGAAGCUAAGAUUGAGGAUUUGAGCUCUCAGUUGCAGACACAAGCAGCUCAGCAGUUUAGGAUGCCAGACAUGGGAUCUGUCAUGGCUAAGCCAGAUGUGUCUGGCUCUAAUGCUGCUGCGGAGGCAGAUGAGGAAGAAGAGGUCGAUGAGACUGGUGUUGAACCUCGGGACAUUGAUUUGGUCUUGACACAAGCAGGAGUGUCUAGGACCAAGGCAGUCAAGGCUCUGAAGGCCCACAAUGGAGACAUAGUCAGUGCCAUCAUGGAGCUGACCACUUAAGUAUUUUUUUUAGAAAGUUUCACUUUUCAAUUCGUGCUCUAUGAUGAAUUUUGGAAGAAGUUGUGCUUUCAUUCUAUUUUUGUUGCCCUAGUUAAUUGGUGAACCAGCUAUUGAGUAGUAGUUGCAUUGUAGAACCUCAAUGACCAAUAUCAAGAAAUGAAGGGCUUUCUUUAUUAUUUA